UUUAUCAUUAUCACAAAAGCAAUGAAUCAUCUUGUGAUAGCAGGCUGUCUCGCUGUGUUUGGUGUCCUAGUCACAAGAGCUAAUAGGAUGUGUAACAAGGAGACAAUUGAGCCUGCCUGGAUAAAGUGUGACAAAACAUAUUUCGCAGCAGAUGUAAAAGAUGAGGCAACCUUGAAGAAAAUGUGUGAAAGUGUCGAUAUUCUGAUUCAAUGUAAGAAAGAUGCUGUGGGCGAUUGCUACAAACGUGCAGAAUUUCGUGGACAUUUGUUCUUGUACGAUCCCGAAAGAUGGAAGGUGUAUUUUAGAUUUAUAUGCUCAAAUAUUGUCUUGGCAGAGUCACAAUUUGCCAGCGAGUGUGUAGUUGAAAAUACCUGCAGUUCUGAAAAUAUGGUUAAGAAUUUCAAUCCAGCUUUGAAGGACAAACAAGCUUUGUGCAGUAUGUAUGAGAAAAUGCGUAAAUGUGUCCGUACGAGUCCAGCUGGACAAUGUACUGCUGCAGUGGCCAAAUUUCAAGAAAAUAUCAAGAAGCUAGGAUAUUCUGUUUCCAUAUGUGACAACAUAGACAUCAAAGAUUUAUACACACUAUACGGUGGAACUCGGUUCCAGGGAGGUACGUCGGGAACAUCAAGAAUUGUGCUUUCACUUCAAGCUAUAAGUUUCGUCAUAUUCCAUUGGAUACUGUAUCAGUGCAGAAGAAUGUUGAAGAAUAUGUAAAAAAAAAUGACAUUGACGAAAAGAAAGGUCCAAAAUAUUUGGACAUAUGGGGCGCCAACUAUGACUAUUUUGUUAUUGAACAUGUGUUUUCAUAAUGGCCCAAUAUCUGUCGGUCUGACCCGUAACGUUGGGCAAAUUAACAAGUCGAGGAUCUAUCACUGAACGAUUAUGAACAUCUAUUCAGAACAUGACAACUACUAGUACUAUUUAUUAAUCUCAACUUCGAGCCUCGUUUAUCAUAUUUCUCUAUUUCUAGAAUUACACAUCAAAUACAUGAAUUCUGCUGUGGCGUUAAAAUGAUCAAACAUAAACAUUAAUAUGCUUCUCAUAUCGUGCACGCACAAAUAAAAAUUAACGGAGAUUCUGACAAAUAUUAAUGCGCAUGCGUAAAUAUGGUGGUCACGGAUUUGAAAAUUUGGAUAAUUUUACUGAAAAAGUUCGUUUUAUCUGAUAAAUAUGGAUUAUUUCUAUGAACUUUCUGUGAAUUUGUGGAUUAUGUAAGUUGGCCUACCAUGCAGAAAUUCAACAGAUUAAUGAGAUCAAAAAAUAGAAAAACUGUAAUUAAUAUUUGUAAAUUUAUCAAGGAAUCAUAUGAAUUAAGAGCAGAAACGUUAAGACCACUGAUAUGAAUUCCUUUAAUUAUACAUAUAAUUGUAAUGUUUACUCAUGUGCAUGUAGUUGUUUAUUAUAGUUAUAUCUGUUCAUUAGUCAAAGACAUGUUAUGUCGAUAUUGCUAAUAAAGUUUGUUGUUGUUGU